AUUUGUCAGGUAACCAUGCAUAAAGGAUUGAGUUCUGUUUUCCAUUGGUUCUACCAAAGAUUCCAUGUGUUACUUCUUCACCUCAGCUCUCAUAUAUAACUACCUCUCUAAGGAGGCUUUGCACUGAACAGAUAUGUGCAGUGAAGAAACAAGCUACAAAAACUCCACAAGUUGACUCAUAAAUAGAGAGAGAGAGAGGUUCACUUAUAUUUAUAUAUUAAUACUAUCAAGUCUUAUACUACUCUUGCAAGUAGAGCAUUAUCGAGUUUCACCUUUCAGAGGUAGCAAAGUGAUAGGUUGAAUGUACUCUCCUCAUCUGCAACAUCAAGGAAAGAACAUUCAUUCUUCUUCCAGAAUGCCAAUCCCUUCUGAGAGACACAUGUUCCUUCACACUGGAAAUGGAUCUGGUGACUCUGGUCUUGUUCUCUCGACUGAUGCUAAGCCUAGAUUGAAAUGGACACCUGAUCUUCAUGCCAGGUUCAUAGAAGCUGUGCAGCAGUUAGGAGGAGCUGACAAGGCAACUCCCAAAACGGUAAUGAAACUCAUGGGGAUUUCAGGCCUUACUUUGUAUCAUCUGAAGAGCCACCUUCAGAAGUACAGAUUGAGCAAGAGUCUGCAUGGACAAAGUAAUAACGUGACACACAAAAUCUCCAUAAACCCAGGUGCAGCAACGGAUGAAAGACUCAGAGAAAACAAUGGAACUCAUGUGAACAAUUUAAACCUUGCCCCUCAGUCUAAUAACAAAGAUUUACACAUCAGUGAGGCACUGCAGAUGCAAAUAGAGGUUCAAAGAAGACUAAAUGAGCAACUUGAGGUGCAAAGACUUCUGCAGCUCCGGAUAGAAGCUCAAGGAAAAUACCUUCAAGCUGUGCUGGAGAAGGCUCAGGAAACACUUGGCAGACAAAAUCUGGGAGUAGUAGGACUUGAAGCUGCAAAACUUCAACUUUCAGAUUUAGUGUCAAAAGUGUCUUCUCAGUGUCUGAAUUCAGCAUUUUUAGAGCUGAAAGAGUUACAAGGAUUUAGCCCUCACCAAACACAAACCAACCAGCCAAAUGACUGUUCUAUGGACAGUUGCCUCACAUCCUGUGAAGUGUCACAGAAAGAGCAAGAGAUACAAAACGGAGGAAUGAGCUUAAGACCCUUCAAUGUCCACACAUUCAUGGAACGAAAGGAGGUCAUAGAGGGUCCUAAUCUGAACAACCUACCAAGCACUGACCUCAAAUGGUGUGAUCCAGUGAAGAACACCUUCCUUACCCCAUUGAGCAGAAGAAGUCCAAGCAACUUGUCUAUGAGCAUUGGACUUGAAGGAGAAACUGAGAAUGGAAGCACCAUUAGGAAAGAAUCAGUGAAACCAGUGGCUGAGAAAGUUUCUCAAGAUUAUGGAUUGCCUUCAUUCUUUGCUGCACCAAAACUGGACCUAGCCACUGAAGAUAAGAACACUAGAACUAGUUGUAAAGAACUGGACUUGAAUGGAUUCAGUUGGAACUAAGAGAAUGGAAAAUCCAAUUUGUGGCAGGAACAAUGUAACUGAUCCUGUAAACAAUUUAAUCUAUCAGCUGAUGUUUCUUUCAGAUUAAAGGGUCAUUGGCCUGAAAAGAAUUAAUUUUAGCAGAAUGCAAACAUGCAUCUGACAAAAAUCUACCAUAAAUUUGUAAGCAGUAAUCAUAAUGGACAUAUAUAAGUAUGGUUUUAUUCUA